AUGUCGACCACCACGACCACGACCACGACCACGUCUGCGGACCCCAUCACCGCCGAGUCCAUCCUGCGCCUGUUCCCCGACAUUGACACGAGCACCGAGGCCCUCUCCGGCCACGAUGAGGAGCAGAUCCGCCUCAUGGACGAGGUCUGCAUCGUCCUCGACGAGAACGACAAGCCCAUCGGCAACGCCAGCAAGAAAGCCUGCCACCUCAUGACCAACAUCGACAAGGGCCUCCUGCACCGCGCCUUCUCCGUCUUCCUCUUCGACGACCAGAACCGCCUGCUGCUGCAGCAGCGCGCCUCGGAGAAGAUCACCUUCCCCGACAUGUGGACCAACACGUGCUGCUCGCACCCGCUGGGCAUCCCCGGCGAGGGCGGCGUCGCCCUCGCUGACGCCGUCGCCGGCGUCAAGCGCGCCGCCCAGCGCAAGCUCGAGCACGAGCUCGGCAUCCCGAUCGAGCAGGUGCCCACCGAGCUCUUCCGCUUUCCUGACCCGCAUCCACUACAAGGCGCCCCAGCGACGGCAAGUGGGGUGAAGCACGAGAUCGACUACAUCCUCUUCAUCAAGGCCAACGUCACCCUCGACGUCAACAAGAACGAGGUCCAGGCCACGCAGUACGUCUCGCCCGACGAGCUCAAGGCCCUCUUCCAGGACCCCAAGCUCGUCUUCACUCCCUGGUUCAAGCUCAUCUGCGAGACCAUGCUGUUCGAGUGGUGGGCGCACCUCGACGCCGGCCUCGAACCGUACAUGAACGAGCAGGAGAUCCGCCGCAUGUGA